UUUUCAUAAACAAGUUGAUAUAUUGAACCUCUCGAGUUAGGGGUGUGGAGGAACGAGGACUCUCCACAUAAACACCAAUUCUCUAGUGUACAGCUCCUUAAUAGUUGCCUGCACCUACUCCCUACCAGACGAAAAAGACCAUGGAGCCAACGAAGCUUGUAAUGACGACAACACUCUGGUCUGAAAACAACAGUGCCUCCUUUUCAUCUAGCCCGACCGAGUCUCCAGCCUCCACAGAAUGGGACCUCAUCACGGCAGCUAUCCCCCCAUACAUCUUUACCCUGUGCGUAUUCGGCAUUCUGGGUAACGGCUUUGUCCUGCUAGUUUUCUUAAUCCAUAGGGAUCGUUUGACCACACCAGAGAUAUACCUGAGCAACUUAGCACUGGCUGACUUCAUGCUCCUAGUCUGCCUUCCUUUUUGGGCAAUGUAUAUCUACAACCACUUCAGCUGGUCCUAUGGGGACGCCCUGUGCAAGCUAGUCAACUCUUCCGUCAUUGUCAAUUUCUACACCAGUAUCUACAUACUGGCGAUGAUUAGCAUUGACCGCUACCUCGCUCUAGUGAAGACUAUGAAGGCCUUGUGGCUGCGACGAACACUUUACACCAAAGUAAUCUGUGUGAUCUUGUGGUUCUUUGGGCUUUUAAUGAGCCUGCCAACCAUGGUUCAUAGAAAGGUGAAGUUCUUUGAGGACCACAAGACACUGUCCUGUAUUCUUGACUAUGAUUGCUCAUGGAAGUUGACCCAUCAGAUUUCAAUGAAUGUGGCAGGCUUUGUUUUACCUGUUCUGGUCAUUGCUUUCUGUAGUGGCAACAUAAUCAGGACCCUGAGGAAGAGGAGUAAAAGUAUUUAUUCUCAAGAGGCCACAGACAGGAAGGCCAUAGCUUUGGUGUAUGCUGUGACGCUACUGUUUAUACUGUGUUGGAGCCCAUUUCAAAUAUUUACCUUCCUUGACACACUCUGCGAUUUGAAUCUACUGGAUGAAAAGCGGUGGUCCCACACCCUGGAUAUGGGACACCAGGUGUCGGUUUAUGUGGCAUUCCUCAACAGUGCCCUCAACCCGGUGCUGUAUGUGUUCUCUGGGCAGUAUUUCAGGAGGAAAGUUAACACCAUCUACAGGAGUGCCAGGUACCGUCGGCGGGGAUCAGACAUGAACACAUACCAGCGUUCCGUCAUAUCGACCUUCGUCAACAGAACAGAGCAAAUCAAGCCUGUGGCCCUCUCCAACAGCAGAGGAUCCAAUGGGAAUAUGCUUCAUGACACUCUUCCGGGCUGACUUCAUUGUGCGUUUGAUUUUGUUUAAUUUUUUAAUUUGUCUUUAUUGUUUUGUUGGCUACCUUUCAAGGCGAAUUUGCUAAAUGUGCUUCAAUUCAUCGACUCUAGCAAUAGUUUGUAGUGCACAGUUUUUGGAUAAGGUGCUUAAGUUUGAGUCACAAUAUAUGUAUAUGGAAUAUCAUAAUUAUACUAUCCUUUUUUUGAGCAUCUUUCUUUAGACAGAAAAGGGAAACACACAUUGUUUUGAUAAUAUUAUUACAUUGAAUAAAGAUUAAACUGCCCUGGAUUUUAUUGUAGCCACACUUGCAGAAAUAAUGGAUUAAUGAAUUCAAAGUGAGAUGACGAGAGUAAUCUCUGAAAGAGGUGGAAACAGGCCAUGUGUACCUGUAUUGGGAAAGAUGUGCUUGUGUAAAUGUAUGUGUUUGCAGGUGUGUGGUCACAUUACUGACAGCUGAUAAGGAAAUGUGUUAUUUCCAUGUCCUGCUCUCUUAUCUCUAUCCAUGUAUAAUUGAGAUCCUAAUGUUUUUCAUACAGCUAUCUUUGGAUUCCAUACUGUGCUGUGAGAAUGCCCUCCCACGCACAGUGUGCACAUUUGCAUAUGUAAAUUAAUCCCUGUAUUUUUGAUGUUUUGCAAGGUAUUCAAAGUCAUGAGUGCCUUCGGCCACACUAGGUCAUGCCAGUUUCUCAUAUUGUAUGAACAUACUUAGUGCGUACAGCACACACAUUUUGAGGAGCAGCUUUUGUCUGUCUUUCAUGAUGAAAAUGCUUCAAAUGUUUUUUCCCCCCAUAUGGUUUUAUAGACAGUUUGAAUUUAGGGGCAAAUAGACUCAUAUAUUCAUUUUUGAUGUUUUUUUUUGCAGUAUUACACGUAAGGAGACUUCUAUAUAAGUGGGGGUGUCUACCUUUGUCAAAGUAUUAGUCUGUCUGGGGACCCUGCCUCUAUUCUAUGCUGUUCUAAAAUGAAUCAUUUAAAUGGACAAAAUAAAAG